UUAUAGAGUUUUGAGGGUAGCUAGAUUAGCUAAUAAUAAUUUAUUAAGCAUAUAAAAGAUAAAUAUAUGACAUAAAAUGUAAUUUUUUUAAAUAACCAAAAUUUUCGUGUUACCAACACAGUUCAUUUUUCAAUGUGGGUAAAAUAUUUCUCAAAAGAACUUAACAAUUAAUUAAAAAAUCUUCUAUAAAAAUUUUAAUUUCUCAAAAAAAUUGUUUCCUUUCUCUCUAAAGUUCAAAGAUACAGAUUUAUAUUGUUAUUCAAAUCAAAAUUAAUUUUAUUAAUUGUAUUUUAAUAUAUCUAUAUAUAUAUAUAUAUUAAGAUUUUAAGACUUUAUAAGUAGAAAACUUAAGAAAUAUAAAUUUAUUUCUUUUUAACUUUUGAUGAAAAAGUAAUGUCUUAAUUAUAUAUAUGUAUGUUUUAAUAAACAUAUAUUUCUUUCCUAUUUUUAGUGUCAACAGAAAAUACAUUUCUUAAACAAGUUAUGACAUUGACAGACAAAAAUCCUAUAAAUAGAGACAUAGGUUCAUACUUUGUAGCAUUCACCUCAACAAGCAUCAAUCUCUAUAAAGAACCAACAUGUCGACGUUUAAGAUUAUCACGUUGAAGAGCUGCGAUGACAAGAUCUUUAAGGUUGACGAAGCGGUGGCUGUACAGUCACAAAUGAUAGCUCACAUGGUUGAAGAUGACUGUGUCGAUGGUGAAAUCCCUAUUUCCAAUGUCACCGGCGUGAUUCUCGCCAAAGUGAUCGAAUAUUGCAAAAAACAUCUUGUCAACCCCGAUGUCGAUGGUGAUUCAUCUUCUUCCACGGAAGAUGAACUCAAGAAUUGGGAUGCUGAGUUCAUGAAGAAUAUGGAUCAGGAGAUGCUUUUUGCCUUGAUAAUGGCUGCUAAUUAUCUAAACAUCAAGGAUCUUCUUGAUCUCAUUUGCCAAACCAUAGCUGAUAUGAUCAAAGGUUUUUCGGUAGACGAGGUUCGAACAUUUUUCAACAUUAAAAAUGAUUUUACACCGGAAGAAGAAGCAGAGAUUGGCGCCGAAAACGAAUGGGCUUUUGAAUAAUCAUGUAGAUCACUUUGGAUGACUUGUUCAUGACAUUGUCCUCGUGCAAUCUUUUUUAUUUAAUUUUUAUAUAUAAGCGACAAAAAAUGUUUUAUUUUUAUUCUAAUUAUAUGCAUGUAUUUAUUAACUAUAAAAGUGUUUAUAUUUUUAAUGAAAGUUUAAAUAUAAAAAGAUAUAUAAAUGAUAAGAAAAAUUAAAUAACUUGACAAAGAUUACAAGGAAAAACAUAAGCAUCAAAUUUUUUUAUCGUAAUUGCUAACAAAAUAAAUUUGUUUAUUUUUAUUUUAUCGUAAUUGUAAAAAGUUUAUCUUGUUCAACUCUUAGACCUUGAUUGGUAAAAUAUUAUACUCCUUAUUAUCUAAUCAACAAUUUAAAAAAACAUUUAAAAGAGCAUUUACAAGAUGAUAAUGCUCUCAAAUGAAACUUUUGGUAGAGCAUUUGCAUAGAAAAUAUAUAAAAAUUUAA